GCGGGGAUCGGUUUCUGGCCGGCACUGUGUAAGGGCUGUACCUCCCACAGCAAGCAGCAGUCGGCGUGACUAUCCUUGAGGUCAACCAGCACAGUGCAUAGGCUGCAGCAUGCAGGGUGUACGCCGUGUUGUGUGCGCCAUGUCCGGCGGGGUGGACAGCUCGGUGGCCGCUCUGUUGCUGAGGAAGAAAGGUUAUCAGGUGACUGGUGUCUUUAUGAAGAACUGGGAUGUUUUGGAUGAGCGUGGUGUCUGCACUGCAGAGAAGGACUUAGAGGAUGCACACAGUGUCUGUCAGAAGCUGAAUAUACCCUUCCACCAGGUUUCCUAUGUGAAAGAAUAUUGGCAUGAUGUAUUCAGUUCUUUCUUGAGUGAAUAUGCAGAAGGAAGAACCCCAAACCCAGAUGUAUUGUGCAACAAGCAUAUUAAGUUUAAUUAUUUUCUCAACUAUGCUAUCAAUAACUUAGGUGCUGAUGCUAUAGCCACAGGACAUUAUGCAAGAACAUCACAUGAGGAUGGAGAAAUAUUUCUGCAUCAACAUAUAGAGAGUCCUCAAACUCGCUCGACGAACAUACAUGAAGUAACAAAUGAUGUGAAGCUUCUAAAAGCUGUGGACCACAUGAAAGACCAGACUUUCUUCCUCAGUCAGAUAUCACAAUAUGCGCUGAGGAAAACCUUAUUUCCGCUUGGGACAUUGACAAAAGACUUUGUAAAACAAAUUGCGGCAGAAGCUGGAUUUCACCAUAUUUUAAACAGAAAAGAGAGCAUGGGAAUAUGUUUCAUUGGUGAGCGAAAUUUUGAGAAGUUCGUUCUCGAGUAUUUAGAGCCUCAACCUGGAAAUUUUGUUUCAAUCGAAGAUGGAAAAAUCAUAGGCACACACAAAGGAUGGUUUUUGUUCACACUGGGCCAGAGGGCAAGGAUAGGUGGUAAAAGAAAUGCAUGGUUUAUUGUGGAUAAAGAUGUGACCACGGGGGAGGUCUUUGUGGCUCCAUCUAGAGAUCACCCAGCUUUGUUCACUGAUCAACUGCAAACUGAUCGAGUGCACUGGCUCUCCGGAAACCCUCCUGCAGAGCUGGUGCAAAACAAGAUUAUAGAAUGUCAUUUUAGAUUUCAACACCAGAUGGCGCUAGAGGACUGUAUAUUGACAUUAAACCAGGACGGCUCAGUUUGGGUACAAAUCGUGAAGCCGAUACGAGCCCUGACACCUGGACAGUUUGCGGUCUUCUACAAAGGAGAGGAAUGCCUUGGAAGUGGUAAAAUUGUCAGACUGGGACCGUCGUUGUACUCCUUACAGCUGGGCCAGAAGAGCAUGGAAUCGGCAUCAAAUUUAUCGACAUAGUGUGUUAAGGAUGUAAAUCUGUUAUGCCAAAGCUUUCUUGGCUGAUUGGAAGAGUUCAGUGAGAUAUUAGCCAGCAAAUGGCACACACCACCUCUGCCUUAAUUAAAGAACAAGUACGUACAAACACUGACUGGGAUUCUACCUUGGAGGCCUUCUAUGCACAAUACUGGAUUGUUCUGUGUUACAGACAAUGUGUAAACCUGCAAAUCUCAUAGACCAUAUCUUUUCCAGAGCAUAAUAACUGCAGUUUAAUUUUUCAAUUAUUUAAAACUGUUAAAGUCCAAACGUUUUUAGAAAAAAAAAUAUGGAUAUUUAUAUUAUGUGUUGUAGUCUAUGUUCGUUAGUUUGUUUUAUUUUACAAAGUAGUGAUAUUGUAGAAGUUAUCCGCUUUUAGACAACACUUUCUCAUGUGUAGCAAAUAGGUUUGUGGCCCCUCUUAUCUUUUGCCAUCAAUUCAGUAUUCAGUGUACAUCAUGCAUACCUUUACAAUACAGUUGUAUGGGAAAUCCAUCCACCCCCUUUGCAUAUAUAUGGGGUGAAGUUUAAUAAAAACAUGAAAAUGUGCUAUUUUCAUGUAGUGGUGACACAAACAUUAAACUUUCCACUUAACAUGAA